AAAAACAUUCAAAAAAUAAUCAACACUCGAUCUGUCAAGCUGUAUAAAAUUUAAUAAUUGUUAGUUGGACCAUAAUCAAGACAUUUUCCCUGCUCUCAGAAAUAUGUACAAAAAACCAUCUAGUCCUUUAUAUGCCAAUGUUUCUGGAGUAAAGUACAAGAGUGAAGAGUUGACUCCCCAGAAUGAACCCACUUACUACAAUACAGUAACAAAAAUAAUGCCACAACCUUCUCAGGGCAUUUAUAGCAAUGUGAACUACCAUGAAAAGUCCAACAACAUAUAUUCUAACAUUGCUGAAACGAGCAAACCAGCUUAUAAAAAUACUCAAUAUCCAUUAUAUGACAAUCUAAAACCAUUAGCUAAAGAUAACAUACAUUGCCCUCCAUCUCCAGUGAGUUCAAGUUACUCUGAACUUCAAAAAGCAGUUAGUUACGAAGAUGAUGCUAAAGAUUUUGAUAAUUCUUCUUCUCAAGCAUCAAAAAUGUAUGAAUCAAUCUAUGAGCCUAUUAAUGCUGUCCGUCCACCUAGUGAAUUAUCAUCAACAUAUUCAAUGAGCAGUCUUUCACAAUCCAUUACUACUCGUGAACAUGAAACCGAAGUUGAUUCUUUAACUGAUCUCCUUGUAAAUUCAAUGUCUGUCAAUGAUGGUAAAAAAAGUUCGGACAGUAAUGCAAGCUCUUUAGAUUGGAAUUGUACUAAAUGCAAUGAAAAAGUAAUGGAAGARGGUCUUGGCUGCACAGCCAUGGGUAAUAUUUAUCAUAUAAAAUGUUUUACCUGUACCCAUUGUGGAGAUCAAUUAGAAGGAAAACCAUUUUAUCACAUUGAUAACAAACCAUAUUGUGAAGAGGGUUAUUUGGAUAACCUCUGA